AUGACGGAACUAGCAGAGAUGUGUCUUGACUACAGGACGGGCAUGUUGACUGGGGAUCUUUGUGAAGAUUUAUGUGUUGCACAGACUUUGACCUACAAACGCUGCCUUUAUUAUGAUCAGGGUAAGAAGGUAAUCCAAGCUGACUGGAGAGGCCGCCCAGUGAUCCUAAAAUCAAAAAAUGGAAUAUUCUCUAGCUAUCACAGUCUUGGGUUUUUGGAGGAGAUGGAAUCACAGGGAAUUCCAGAAACAGAGUUGCUUCUGAUGGUUGCUUUGGAGAUCAAGAACACACUGGGUUUGGAACUUCCUAACAAAACUGUAGGACCUUUGUGGAAGAAAAGAGGCCCACACUGGAAAGCACAACUGGCUAGUUUGUGGUCUUUACUCCAACAAGAAGAGUACAUUUACUUUAGUGUUUUGCAAGACAUCAGUAAACAUGUUCUAAGAGUUAUCGGUUCUUGUGGCCACUUUUACGCUGUGGAAUAUCUAACAGCUGGACAUGCGUGGGACAAUACACUCUUUUCUGUGGAAGAUGCUGUUGGUGCUUCCCUCUCUGGAAUUAAAAACAAGGCCAAAGCCAUAAUCCAAAUUGCAAUCAGCUUCUUGGAUAUGGUGAAUCAUUUUGACAACGACUUUUCUUAUCGUCUUCAUCUCUGUGAUAUUAAACCAGAAAAUUUUGCCAUCCGAAAUGAUCUGACGGUGGUUGCUAUUGAUGUAGAUAUGGCUUUUUUUGAGCCUAAAAUGAGAGACAUCCUUGAACAAAACUGCACAGGAGAUGAAGACUGCAUUUUUUUCGAUUGCUUUUCAAAAUGUGACCUGAAGAAUGGAAAAUGUGGAGCAGAAAGAGCCAAUAAUAACCUUCAAGUCAUCUGUGAUAAAAUAUUUCGUCCCUGGUUUGCUCUAAACCUUGGAGGAUCAGCUGUUUCCUUUCCCAUGCAGCUACAGUUACAGCAAGCUGUGCAUGAUUGUGCAGAACUAAGGAUCAAGGGUAUUUCCAACGUCCAGAGCAAUUCUCCAAAUUCUCUUUCUCAGUUAUACCACUUGCUCCAAGCCAGCCAAAAAGAACUUCAAAAAUCUAGUCUAAUAGAUCCAUCAGUGAUGGUUACCCAGGAAACAUAGCUUUUUCUUAUUGCUGUUGCUGAGUUAAAUUAUUUUCUACUUAAUUUUUUUUUUUUUACAGUACUUUGAAAACCAUGACUGAGGUUGCUGUGUACAUAUUACAAUGAAAUCCUGAUUUAACAGACCUAUAUUCAGUAGACUUUGGAUACAGUGGACCAAAUUUCUAUUUGGAAAUCCCCCCUGAAAUAACAGACAUGUCUAUUGCACUUAGAGUAGUUUGGAUAAGGCAGUUAAAUUUACACUAAUUUUAUCUUAAUUUUAUGACACUUACAGCAAUAUAUGUCAUUUGCAUAAUGAUGUCAUUAGGUAAGUGAUGUCAAUCACUGUCAAGAUAUACUUUUGUAUUUAACAGACAUUGGGAGUAACAAAUACACCCCUCUGUUCCCAAAUGGUCCAUUAAAUUGAGGGUUAGCUGUAUUAAUUCUCUCUGAAAUGUGAAAAGCAGUAAUAUCAGCCAAACUAAUACAAAACUCAAAUAAUUUACAUUUCAAAGUGUUUAGGGGAGGAGAAAAAUAGAACAACUUAGUAAUUUAAUUUUACUUCUAAAAUGAAUAGUUGAGAAUGGCUGAGCAUUUAAUUAACAUGCUCAAUGAAGAUAGUGUAGAUCUUUGCAAAGAGAGUGUAUCAUAUUUUAACAAAGAGCAGUUUUUAAAUACAUUUAUCUGAGUUACGGCCUCCUUGUUGCUCAUAGUUAAGACAAAUUAUUUAGACUAACAAAGUUUAGUGAUAAAAGUGGAGUAGAGAAUAAAUGCAAUGUCAUUUUGUUGUUAUAUCUGGACCACAGGCUUUGUUCUUCUCUGUUUCAGUGAUGCUGCAACACUGAUGAAUUAACUAGCAAUUCUGUGAAGGACAAAUACAUAUAUUUGACAUUGUUUACUAGAUUGUAAUCCAAGGAUACCUUUAAAUCAGGACCAACUUGUUUUAUGGCUGCAUUCCCUCACAAUUAACAGGUUUGGGAUGGCAUGACAUUCAUUGCGGCCAAAAAUCAGUGCUAAUACCCCAUGAUAAAACACUGGUUUUUCCUCUCCCUAAUACUCCCGCAAGUCUCAUUUUCUUCAACAUCCUCUUUCUUUCCCAUCUUGCAGGCUACAAGUGAAGUAGCUUUUACUAGGAGUCUGACAAAUCUCUUCCAGAUGGUUUUUAAAAUUCAGAUCCCUUAUGAAGUUGGACCCUCAGCACUCAUGGAUUCUUCCACCUGUAUUUUUUCCACCAUUUGAAUCCAUUGCUUCCAACUGUGUAUUUCACAAAGGUAAUGUCCACACAAUGUGCUAACCCAUAGUUGGGUUGAAUCAAAUAAAUUGCAAAUAGCAAAAUAUUCCAGUAAAAUAGAAACCAUAGUUAAUAAGCAGCAGUAACCAAGUAGACAUCCACAAAGAUGGAAACCACAUUUUAACUUAUUCUGUUGCGCUAACUUGGCCCUAGAAAUCUGCACCCUAGAACAGUUUGCCAAGAAGAUGACCAAAAGGAGGGACAACACAUAUUAUGUUGGAGAAGCUAUAAUCAUGAAGUAUUCAUUUAGAUGAGUCAUUUUAAAUUCUAUCAGCAAAAUCAACAGCAGCUUGACGUCUAUCCUUUAAACUCUUGUUUCAUUGUAUUCUUGGUUCUGGGCAGCUUUUCCUAAAUCUGAGCUGCAAAAGUCCUGAUGAUUAGCAGGGAUCACAUUUCUGUCUCGCUUUGCUGCCAUCUAAUGGUUGCCUAGCUUUUUGCAUCCCUAACCUGGCAGCCCAUUAAGAGGUGCUGAGGAGAAAUCCAUCCAGACUUCAUAGUCUGCUGCUAAUUUUCCUCUUUAGCAUGGCAGCACCAUGGUAAGAUUGCAUCACGGUUCUGUGCCUGAACCAUCUCGGACUUUUAGCAGCUCUGCAGAAAGGUGCAGCAGUUGAUGGUGCUCACAAUUUUCAAAACAUACUAUUUUAAAAUAUAUAUAUUUACAAUAUAGACUGUCCUGUUGAGAAAGGGGGAAGUACAUGCGGGAUUCUGAGCACUGUCUCACAAUGGGAACAUUCACAAAACAUGUUUCGCAUGAUUACUGAGUUAGCCUGUUUGGCAGGGCUUGUACCAUACACUGAAAUACAAAUGAAGCCCAAGUACUUCCAAAUAAAUGCGCACAGGAUUUCAGCCUGAAAAAAUACUUAAGCCAACUGGAGCUUCCUUUUUUCUUUCUGUAACAUCAUCAUAACUGAAAUGAAACAAACAUUUUUCCUAGUUCUGAAGCUUUAAACCAAACUUUUACUAUACAUGAGCAAACUCUAGUUCUGUGCCAUUACUUAGAAAGCAACAAUCCUAGAUGAUUUAUCUGUAAGACAAAAUGAGAUUUAGUUCUGAGGAAACAGGCAAUAAAACUGCUGGAAUAUGUUUUCCUCCUUGCUUCAUCAUGAGUAUAAGCUUAGGAUACUGCAUCUGAAACAA